AUGGCUCACGCUGCUGCUACCGCCCUCCUCGUCUGCACCGGCGACAAAGUGGUUCUGCCAGGCGCAAGCGACCCGCAGCCGGCCACACUCGCAAUAGACACCACUACUGGUAUCAUCAUUGAUGUUCAGCAUGCUCGAUCUGGUCGCUCUGCCUUUCCAGAUAUCCCCGAUGAUCAAUUUAUAGAUGCUGGUGACAGAUUGAUUCUUCCAGGAUUGGUUGAUGCACAUGUCCACCUCAAUGAGCCAGGUAGAACUGACUGGGAGGGAUUUCUGACUGGAACACGCGCAGCUGCGUCCGGCGGAGUGACAGCGGUGGUUGAUAUGCCGUUGAACUCAAUUCCACCAACCACCACAGUACCCAAUUUAGAAGCAAAGCGAGCAGCUGCCCGAGGGCAAUGCUAUACAGAUGUAGCAUUCUGGGGAGGUGUUAUUCCCGGAAAUCAAUCCCAUCUGAAGGCGUUGGUCGAUGCAGGUGUCAAAGGCUUCAAAUGCUUUCUGAUCGAAAGUGGUGUCGAGGAGUUUCCUUGUGUCCAGGAACCUGAUUUAAAGGUGGCGAUGGCGGAAAUGCAGGAUCUUCCAACGACAUUAUUAUUCCACGCAGAAUUGGAUCAGCUUCCGUCAGACCAAGAAGAACACUCUCGGUCCGCCGACCCUACGGACUAUCAAACAUUCCUUGACUCGCGCCCACAACGACUCGAAGCUGACGCAAUAUCACUGAUUACAUCUCUUCAAGAGCAAUACCCCUCUUUGAAAUGCCACAUCGUCCACCUAUCCGCCGCAUCUGCGCUGCCACUCAUUCGCGCGGCGAAGUCAAAGAAACUUCCGUUGACAGUGGAGACAUGCUUUCACUACCUGUGUCUCAGUUCCCAAGACAUACCCAAAGGCCACCCAGAAUUCAAGUGCUGCCCCCCUAUCAGAGAAGGUGUGAACAGAGAUGCGCUGUGGGAGGCGUUGAUAGGAGGCGACAUUGAUUGCGUUGUCUCCGAUCACAGCCCCUGCGUUGCUGAGCUCAAGAAUCUCGUCGACGGAGACAUAAUGAGCGCCUGGGGCGGUAUCAGCACCCUCGGGCUUGGCUUGAGUUUGUUAUGGACGGAGGGUCUGAAGCGAGGGGUUACAAUAUGUCAAAUCGUCGACUGGAUGGGUGUGAAGACCGCCGCCCACGCAAAUUUAGCCUCCACUAAAGGCCAGCUACGAGUGGGAUUUGACGGUGACUUCUCGAUCUGGAAUCCUGAUACAUCUUUCAAGGUAACCAAGGAGGGUCUUAAUUUUAAGAAUAAACUCUCGCCAUAUGAGGGAUUGGUCCUCCAGGGACGCGUGGAGAAAACAUAUCUACGCGGCCAUCUUGUAUACGAUGCUGUGCAAGGGUUUGAAGGCAUACAGCCAAGCGGAAAACUGCUUUGA